AUGACUACUCGUCCAUUUGUCCAAGUCUUUGAUGCCCAAAACAAAGUUGUAGGUAAAGUUAAGCUCCCAAAUGUCUUGACCACCCCAAUCCGUCCAGAUUUAGUUAACUUUGUCCACACCAACUUAAACAAGAAUGCUCGUCAAGCUUAUGGUGCUGCUCCAUACGCUGGUGAACAAACCUCUGCUGAAUCAUGGGGUACUGGUCGUGCUGUCGCUCGUAUUCCUCGUGUUCCAGGUUCAGGUACACACCGUUCAGGUCAAGGUGCCUUCGGUAACAUGUGUAGAGGUGGUCGUAUGUAUGGUCCAAACAAGACCUGGAGACGUUGGAAUCGUAAAGUUAACGUCAACCAAAAGAGAUACGCUGUUGUCUCAGCUUUAGCUGCCUCAGCUGUCCCAGCCCUCGUUAUGGCUCGUGGUCACAGAAUCAAUGGUAUCAAUGAAGUCCCAUUAGUCAUUGCCAACGAAUCCGUUGACACCCUCCAAAAAACCAAAGCUGCCGUUGAAUUAUUAAAGAAAAUCAACGCCUACGCUGAUGUCACCAAAGUCAUCGACUCCAAACAUAUUCGUGCUGGUGCUGGUAAAGCAAGAAACAGACGUUACAAAGUCCGUAAAGGUCCAUUAGUCGUCGUCUCUGGUAAGACUACCGUCUCCCAAGCCUUACGUAACAUCCCAGGUGUUGAAGUUGCCAACGUCUCAAGACUCAACUUAUUAAAAUUAGCACCAGGUGGUCACUUAGGUAGAUUCAUCAUCUGGACUAAAUCCGCUUUCGAACAAUUAGACUCAACCUUUGGUACCUUUGCCAAAUCAUCUGCUCAAAAGAAAGGUUACACUCUCCCACGUCCAAUGAUUGCUAACGCUGAUAUUGUCAGACUCGUCAACUCUGAUGAAAUCCAAGCUGCCGUUAGAGCCAGCAAAGUCGUCGUCAAACGUCCAACUGCCCCAGUUCGUCGUUCUAACCCAUUAAAGAACUUACGUGCUAUGAUUAAAUUAAACCCAGCCGCCGUCUCAACCCGUCGUACUCAAGUUAAAUCAUUAAAAUCAAAAGGUAUCAAAGUUAGCAAAAAGAAUCAAUUAAGAGCUAAAUUAGUUGCUGCCACUUUCAACCAAUAA